GAGAGCCCGUAGGAAGCGAAAAGAAGAGAAACCGGAGAAAGGAGAGAAUGGGGCGGCUGAGUCCACAACAACAGGAGGAAUAAUAAACCCAACUGAAGAGAGAAAUAAAAAGAAGACUACAAGGAGGAGGAGAAGACGGAGAAAAACUCGCAGGAAAAACUUUUCGGGGGGGAAAACUGUUACAAGACUCACACACGGCCACGUUUGAAAACAUGGAUACACUUUUCUCGGUAAUCGUGGGACUCCUGUUUUCGGUGGUUGGUGACGUCUCCGGUCAGAUACCGACAGCUCACAUGGGGCGCGCUGAGAAGGGGAGCUGCACGUUUGAUGAGGGCUUCAAUAAGUGUGAUUACCUGCAAGAUCCCUAUGAUGACUUUGACUGGACGCAUAUCAACACGCAGGAAGUGCCGUACGUCUCCCCAGACCUGCCACAAGGUUCCUACAUGUAUGUGGACGUCUCACAGUAUGAUGUUGGGGAGAAGGCCAGGUUUCAGCUGCCUGUCAUGAAGGAGAAUGACACUCACUGCAUUGACUUCAACUAUCUCCUCAGCAGCCCUGACGGCUCCAGCCCCGGCACCCUCAACGUCCUGGUGAAGGUAAACAAGGGUCCCUUAGCCAACCCCAUAUGGAACGUGACGUCCUACACUGGUAAAGACUGGCUCCGAGCCGAACUCGCCGUCUCCACCUUUUGGCCCAACGAAUAUCAGGUCAUAUUUGAAGCAGAGGUUUCGGACAGCAAAGCCGGCUUCAUCGCCAUUGACGACAUUCAGGUGCUCAGCUACCCAUGCGAUAAAUCUCCUCAUUUCCUUCGUCUCGGGGACGUGGAGGUGAACGCGGGACAGAACGCCACGUUUCAGUGUAUCGCUACAGGACGAGACACAUCCAACAACAAGCUCUGGCUGCAGAGGAGAAACGGAGAAGAUAUUCCCGUGGCUCUGACCAAAAACAUCAACCACAGACGAUUCGCCGCCUCCUUCCAUCUCAAAGAAGUCACCAAUCAGGAUCAGGAUCUGUACCGCUGCGUCACCCAAUCAGAGCGCGGCUCCGGGGUGUCCAACUUUGCCGGUCUUAUCGUCAGAGAGCCUCCACACCCCAUCGCCCCACCCCAGCUGCUCGGCGUCGGCCCUACAUAUCUGCUGAUUCAGCUCAAUGCUAACUCCAUAUUUGGAGACGGACCUAUUAUACUGAAAGAGGUUGAGUACCGUAUGACGUCAGGCAGCUGGACGGAGACUCACGCUGUGAAUUCUCCCAACUAUAAGUUGUGGCAUCUUGACCCGGACACAGAGUACGAGAUCAGGGUUCUGCUGACCAGACCUGGAGAAGGAGGGACAGGAAAACCUGGACCACCACUCAUCACUCGGACCAAAUGCGCAGAACCUAUGAGGACUCCUAAGAGGCUGAAGAUCGCUGAGACCAGGUCUCGUCUGAUCGCGGUGGACUGGGAGUCGUUGGGUUACAACAUCACUCGCUGUCACACCUUUAACGUAACCAUCUGCUACCAUUACAUGACUGCCAACAACCGCAGCAAAGCAGACUGCUUGGACAUGGACCCGAAAGCACCACGGCACCUGGUGGGAAACCUGCCGCCCUACACCAACGUCAGUCUGAAGAUGAUUCUGACCAAUCCAGAGGGACGGAAAGAGAGUGACGAGACCGUCAUACAAACGGAUGAAGAUGUUCCAGGCUCAGUUCCCAGUCAGUCACUAAGAGCCACUCCAUUCGAAGAUAGAAUUCUGCUUUACUGGAAGGAGCCGUCUGAGCCCAACGGAGUCAUCAUACAAUAUGAGAUCAGCUACAGCGGUGUUCGUUCAUUUGACCCCUCAGUGCCUCUCCAGCGGCCGGGACUCACAGUUUCUCUGCCCUCAAACGCCACCCAUCACCUGUUCUCCCAGCUGCACCCGGGUGUCACAUACCAGCUCUCCAUACGGGCCUCUACCUCCAAAGGCUUCGGCCCAGCCACCACGCUCAACGUGACCACGAAUAUUUCAGCCCCAACAAUUGAUGAGUACGAUGGAACAGAGGCCUUUCUGAAUGAGACUGCAACAACCAUCACUGUCCUGCUCAAACCUGCCCAGGCCAAGGGAGCACCAAUAAGUGCGUACCAGAUUGUAGUUGCUGAAGUGAAUCCUCAGCGGACACGUCGCCAAGCCUCCUCCGACUGUUACGAGGUCCCCGUUUCCUACCACAGUGCGUCCAGCGGUGGAUCUCCAUAUUAUUAUGCCGCCCAGCUGUCCCCGAGCAACCUGCCUGAGCCGCUCCCCUUCACUGUUGGAGACAACAAGACAUAUCAGGGUUUCUGGAAUCCUCCGCUGGCCCCGAGAAAGAACUACAACAUCUACCUUCAAGCUGUUAGCAGCACGGAGAGGGAGACUAAAACACAGUGUCUCAGGCUAGCUACUAAAGGUGCUACAGAGGAGCCUGAAGUCAUCCCUGACCCCGCCAAACAGACGGAUCGGGUGGUGAAGAUCGCCGGCAUCAGUGCUGGUGUUCUCGUCUUUAUACUGCUGGUGCUGGUAGCCAUCUUAUUGGUCAAGAAGAGGAGGACCUACUAUUCAUACUCUUAUUACCUGAAACUGGCUAAAAAACGUAAAGAUGCCAUCGGAACGACGCGGCAGGAAAUGACUCACAUGGUGAACGCCAUGGAUCGCAGCUAUGCUGACCAGAGCACUCUGCACGGAGAAGAUCCCAUGGCUGUGACGUUCAUGGACUCUCACAACUACAACAACAGAUUGCCCAACGAUCCUCUGGUUCCAACUGCCGUGCUAGUUCCAAUCACAGAUGAGAACCACAGCGGCUCUGCAGCGGAGAACAGCAGACUCCUGGAUGUUCCCCGCUAUCACUGUGAAGGAACCGAGUCUCCGUAUCAGACGGGACAGCUGCACCCUGCCAUCAGAGUAGCCGACCUCCUGCAGCACAUCAACCUCAUGAAAACAUCUGACAGCUACGGCUUCAAGGAGGAGUAUGAAUUGGUGAUACAGAGUUUCUUUGAGGGCCAGUCGGCCUCCUGGGACGUGGCCAAGAAGGAGCAGAACCGGACCAAGAACCGCUAUGGAAACAUUAUAGCAUAUGACCACUCAAGGGUUAUUCUCCAGCCCAUAGAAGACGACCCCUCCUCCGACUACAUCAACGCCAACUACAUCGAUGUAAGUGGAAACGCAUCGAAUGCUACUAUUGGCUCCCAACGAAACCAACGAAACCACACUCCCUCGCUCAUUUGGCUGUACAGGGAUGGCUACCAGAGACCGAGUCACUACAUUGCUACUCAAGGUCCUGUUCAUGAGACAGUGUAUGACUUCUGGAGGAUGGUGUGGCAGGAACAAUCAGCCUGCAUUGUGAUGGUCACCAAUCUGGUCGAGGUUGGAAGGGUUAAGUGCUAUAAGUAUUGGCCAGAUGAUGCCGAGGUGUACGGAGACUUCAAGGUGACGUUUGUGGAGGUCGAACCUCUUGCUGAAUAUGUGGUUCGCACAUUUACACUGGAGAGGCGUGGUUUCAACGAGGUGCGGGAAGUCAAGCAGUUCCACUUCACAGGCUGGCCGGAUCACGGAGUCCCAUACCACGCCACGGGACUACUUUCCUUCAUCCGCAGAGUUAAAAUCUCCAAUCCACCCUCUGCUGGGCCUAUUGUGGUCCACUGCAGUGCCGGAGCAGGGCGUACAGGCUGUUUCAUAGUCAUUGACAUCAUGCUGGACAUGGCGGAGAGAGAAGGAGUGGUCGACAUCUACAACUGUGUGAAGGCUCUUCGCUCUCGGAGGAUCAACAUGGUACAGACUGAGGAGCAGUAUAUAUUCAUCCAUGACGCCAUCCUAGAGGCUUGUCUAUGUGGAGAAACAGCCAUACCUGUCUGUGAGUUCAAAGCUGCUUUUUAUGAGCUGAUCCGCAUCGACUCGCAGACCAACUCGUCACAUCUGAAGGACGAGUUCCAGACGUUAAACUCUGUGACUCCUCAGCCUCAGCCUGAAGACUGCAGCAUCGCACUGCUGCCUAGAAACCAAGAUAAGAACCGCUUUAUGGAUGGCCUUCCUCCUGACAGAUGCCUUCCCUUCCUCAUUACAAUAGACGGAGAAAGCAGCAACUACAUCAAUGCCGCUCUCAUGGAUCUCUCAGAGGAGUUCCAGAGCUACAGACAGCCUGCUGCGUUCAUCGUUACCCAGCAUCCUUUGCCCAACACCGUCAAAGACUUCUGGCGUCUGGUUUACGACUAUGGAUGUACCAGUUUGGUGAUGCUGAAUGAGAUUGACCUGGCACAGGGUUGUCCUCAGUACUGGCCAGAGGAGGGCAUGCUGCGCUACGGCCCGGUCCAGGUGGAAUGUAUGUCCUGUUCAAUGGACUGUGAUGUUAUCAGUAGACUCUUCAGAGUCUGCAACCUCACCAGGCCUCAGGAAGGCUACCUGAUGGUUCGUCAGUUCCAGUACCUGGGGUGGGCGGGACACAGAGAAGUGCCCGCCUCCAAGCGCUCCUUCCUCAAACUGAUCCUGCAGGUGGACCAGUGGCAGCGUGAGGGAGAGGAGGGAGAGGGGAGAACCAUUGUGCACUGCCUAAACGGAGGAGGACGUAGUGGAGUUUUGUGUGCCAGCAGCAUUGUGUGUGAGAUGGCCAAGAGGCAGAGUGUGGUCGACGUCUUCCACGCCGUGAAGACGUUGAGGAACAGCAAACCCAACAUGGUGGACACUCCGGAGCAGUACCGGUUCUGCUACGACCUGGCGCUGGAAUUCAUCGAGUCCUCCUAAACGGAGGAGAAGAAGACGAGGAGGAGGAGGUGAAAAAGAGCAGAACGUCUUUUUGCACUUCCUGUGUGUUUGAUCCUUUGCUUUCGCUUGGUCCCGCCUCCCCUCUGUGGUGGCCGUUCUGUAGCACCCAUUUUGCGUCCCUACAAAUGGCACAAGCAAAACCGGCUCCUCGUGCAAUGUUGUAAAGUAUCCAAACAAAGGGAAACGUUGAGACUUUUAAAACGGAAGGAGCUGCAUCGAGUGGAACACAGGGCGAGAUGUUACUCCUGUUACUCUUUUACGCUUAUUGUACAGCUUUUUGAGUGCCAGCGGGCCCCUGUAUGUUUUGGGCCCCAUUUAAAUGUCUUGCCUCUCACCACAGCCCCCCCUCCCUCCUCCCAUGGACUUGAUGCCUCAUGCUGUUUCAGCUGCAGUACUCAAUGUGCACUGUAGAUGUCUCCCUCCCCCGUGCAAGCUGCAACCACAGCUUUUUGAAUAACUGCAAGUCUCCAGUGGCCCCACAUUCCUGCUGUCAUGCUAAUUUCUGUAACAGUGUUGGGCACCUCAUCACGGUGAUGUUUGAGUAUUAGCAGCCAGUACUUUUGUAUAAGAACAAGAAUCUUCAAAGUUACAGCCUGGCCAAACUCUGUGAAUGCUUCUGUUUUCUACCACUUACAUCAGCAGCAUCUUCAUGUUAUUUUAUUUUAUGUAUUUAAGAACAUAAAAGCCACUUUGAACCCAUUUUUCAUUGGUUACAUACAGUAGAUUGUCAGAUAACAGAAUACAUAAAGGGCUGUACCGAACUGUUCAAAGCUCAAUUCAAAUUCUAAAUCAAAAUUUAAGAUCUCUUGUUUUGCGUGUCUAUUCUUUCAAUUUCUUAAACCUGAUAUUUCUGCACAGUUGGAGUUUAAAGUUAGGCUACACUAAUAUUCUAAAUAUUACACAAUUUGUAGAAUGGAUGUUUUCAUCUGCAACCAGGACAGAGGAUGUUGGUACCUCAUGGUUUUGCGUGCUGGCAUUUGUUUUAAAAAGAUAAAAAAUCGAGGGAUGUCUUGAUGGCUCAUUGGUAUAGUGCAUACCGCUACAGUUGAGUCCUUGUCAAGGCGGACCCGGGAUAAAAAUAAUCUUUAAAAAGUUAAAAAUGUCACUCAAGCGAACAAAACAAAUGUGGUCGCUGCAGGCAGUAGCUUGCUGGUUUUGGCAGGCUUGUAUGGUUGGUUCACAUGGUAUCACUAGUGAUGAUUUUCUCUGAUCAAUCAGUGUCUGGACCGUUAACUCCUAAUUCUAGUGUCAGCUUAAUUCAUUUGAAACCUUGAUCGGGGUGGUAUCAAAAAAGUACCAGGUACUAUCCAGAACUCAAAAAUAAAAAAAGGCAGUGUCUACUCAAGUUGAGUCGAGCCGUACCAUGCAGUGACUGUGUAGCAUUAUUUCCUACUCAUGUGAGCCAAAAUCUUCCAAAACAAAGGUCAAAAGUCAAAAUUUAUUGAAAAAGUCAUCACAAUCCUUUAUUUUCUUAGCAAAAUAUCCUGCAUCAAAAACAAUGUUUUCACUGAAGUCAAAACUUUUGUUUCCUCAAAAGGUUUCGUCUCCUGUUUGCCGCACACAAAAGGAGACACAGACCUGUUGGCAACAAUGUAACAGCACCAUAACAUGAUAAGUUAUAUUCAUUGAAAAAAGUUUCAUUUAAUUAAAAAGAGACUAAUCGGCUGAAUCGCUUUAUUCAAAUUGAGGAUUUUGUUCAAGGAUGAUUUUUACCUGCAAUGAGCUCAUAAAUGUGAUUACGUACAUUCAAAGCUUCUUUCAAACUAGACAGAAGCAUUACUGUAAAAAAAAAAAAAAAACUUUCGGUACAGCCCUAACACACACACACACACACAAAGAAAACAUCCUAAAUGUUAAUAUAAGUUUGCUAAUUGAAGUAAAAGCAGAAAGUUUACACGAGGAGUAUUAGGCUUUUUUUUUCUUUUAUAUCAUCAUGAAGUGGCAACUCGAAAAAUGUUAAGUGUAGAAUUUUUUUUACUAAAAUGUAUCCGUAAAAAAAGUGUGACAUGUAUCAUUGAUUAUGUUUUCUGCAGCCAAUGCAGAGCUCAUUUGUUGCAUCAUUUAUUGAUCUACUGGAUAGAAGUUUUGAAGUCUUCUUUGUACCCCAAAUUGUAAAAAAAAAAAAAAAAAAUUUAAGAUUUUGUUCAAACCAUGUGACAUUAGCAUAAUCAUGUUUGUUUCAGGGCUGGGCCCAAUGCACUUUCAAUUCAGCCAAUUCACAAAUGGGAUGUUUAAUUUCAAAAACAUGAUCAGAUUCUGGGUACGAGGGAAUGAUUUCCUCUUAGAAAAGACUGAGAAUAAACAAGUGAGUCACCGUUUCCAUUUCUGGUUUGAAUGGAAUUGGAAGUGAACUGACCCCAGGCCUCUUUUGUUUUGUGCACUGGCGGCCAACACUUUUUAUUAUUAUUUUGUAGCUGAUGUUUAUUCAUAAGCCAAAGACUUUGUGUAAAUAAUGUCUAUAUGGAUAAAGCACAUUGUUUGUA